AUGAACCAAUCACGUCUAUUCCUCGUGUUUUGCUUCUUCAGUGUCUUGGGGACCCUAACGCGUUUGGGAGUGACCCUUCUUUCACAAUAUCCAGGAACUUAUCUUGCGGGAAUAGUAUGGUCGAAUUUCACGGCAUGCUUCCUUAUGGGGACGUUUGUUCAUUCCGCAAAGAUUUGGAAUUUGUUCUUACAUCAAGAUAAUGGAACCGAUGAGGUUCUAUUAGAAGAAAUUAAGGGCAAAAGCAUAAAUCGCAAAAAAUACCACACUAAAAAAGACAUUUAUUUAUUUACAGGGUUAACUACGGGGUACUGUGGGUCCUUCUCAUCGUUCUCAUCGCUCAUUCUUGAAUUGUUUUUAUUAACUGCUAAUGUUGAUAGCACGGUUUAUAAGUUUAGAAAUCCUGCUUAUGGGUUACUCCAAUUUUUAUCGAUAUUAAUUACCCAGUUGACCAUGUCAUAUGCGGGAUUCAAGUAUGGAAAACAAUUGAUUUUAUAUGUUGAGGAAUAUUGGUUACCAGAGUACUCAUUCAGCCAGAAAGCAGUGAAUAUUUAUCAUAUCUUGGAAAUAGUUAUUGAAGGUUUAGGGUUUGCAUUUAUGGUUGUUUCAUUAGUAUUGACGAUUGUUGAAAAAACUUGGAGAUCAUGGACGUUUGCGUUUUUGUUUUCCCCGUUCGCAUGUUAUUUGAGAUAUUAUCUCUCCAAGGUGCUCAAUAAUCCUCAGGGGGACAAAUCAGGUAUGACUUUUACCAAAUUAGAUUAUUUGGGAACAUUUGCCGCUAACAUAAUUGCUACUUUGGUGUUGGCGAUCGUGACCCUUUUGUCGAGAGGUAAAACAAUCCAUACAUCAAAUCAUUUAAUCACCAAUGUUUUAGAUUGUCAUGUUUUGACAGCAGUUGCCAAUGGCUUCUGCGGGGUUCUUUCUACAGUGUCAACAUUCAUUGUGGAAGUCAAUACCUUAAAGUUUGACAAAAGCUCAUGGUAUGUUUUUGUUAGUAUCGGAGGUUCCUUCUGUUUGAUGGUGUUGAUUCUUGGUUCAUACAAUUGGAGGGUGGGGUUGUUGUCAGAACCUGUUUGCUAA